AUGCAGUCCCUGACUGAGGAGAUCCAGAGCUUCUCUCGGACGCGGCUGAGGAAGCAGUGCACACGCGUGACGUCACUGAGCGGCCGCCGCAUCAUCGAGACCUGGAAGGGUUCGACCAUCACUGUGGUGGAAGACCCCGCCCCCCCAGAGAAGAUGCUGGGGUACGUCCCGGACACGUCCUGGGACCUGCAGGUUGGAAUCGUCAAACCCUACCUGCUACUGGGUUCACAGGAUGCUGCACAUGACUUUGGAACUCUGAGAAAACACAAGGUGUCUCACAUCCUGAACGUGGCCUUCGGCGUGGAGAACAUCUUCCCCGACCUGUUCAUCUAUAAGACCGUCAGUAUUCUGGAUCUCCCUGACGCUGACCUGCUGACUCACAUCCAGGAGUGUUGUGACUUCAUCCAGCAGGCUCGCUCAGAGAAGGGUGUGGUGCUGGUCCACUGUAACACCGGCGUGUCCCGGGCGCCGUCUGUGGUCGUCGGCUACCUGAUGUCAUAUGACGGCCAGUCCUUCGAUGAAGCCCUCUCAUUGGUCAAAUCGUCUCGGCCUGCCUCCUCCCCCAACCCCGGAUUCCUGGAGCAGCUGAGGAGCAACAAGACGCCGGCGGUGAACGGACCCAGACGCUGACGGAAGAACAGAAGAUGUUCAUCAUGGAAUGAGUUUAAGAAAAGUAAACUAAGUUCUUAGGAUCUUCCAAAGACUAAAAGUAAAUUUAAGUAAACAAAUUAGAGGAGUUUUUUACAGUGUACAUUUCCUGGGUCUGGUUCUGUUUUGGUUUAAUAAUCUCGAUCUAGAUUUAGACCUCCAGAUUUGUUUGAGUUUUUGUUUAGUGUGUCUUCUCUGUAAUUUGGUGAAUUCUCGUAGUGAUUUCAGUGUUUUG